UGUACUACUCCUUCACGACCAGUAGGUGGAGCUAGUGUUGCUGUGGAGGUACUACUAACGAGAAAGUUUUGGCACUUUCAUAGUAGUCUUCAAUACCGAAUCGACUAUUUGCUUAUGCUCUCCCAUCAAUUUGAAAUAUGUGCCUGAAGGUGCGAUCCAAAUUUAAGGGCAACUUGCAGCAGUAUGUGAGGUCAGAUCGAUUCUUGCUGGCAGCCCACACAGUAAAAUAAGUUCGUUUUACCAUUUGAAUAGGCUUAUUUGAAAGGAAAGACAGACUGACCCUAUCUUGAUGAGACCCUUAAAACAUUUCUUGUACGACCGGGGCUUACGCUGUCACCUGGAAAAGUAAUUUCACAGCGGCGUCUGGACAAGAAAAAUAAACUGUGAGGUUUGUGCCUGUCUGUAAAUUUGGACAACAUGGACAUAUGUGACAGUGACAGAGAAAAUUUGGAAUGGAGUGGUAAAAUAGAGAGGGAAAAGAAGUUUGCAUAAUGAACGGGGCCGUGAGCAGCACGAAUUGGCACUCAUCCGAAAGCUGUUCUAAAUAGGAAACACACAAGAAAAUGCAUGCUGGAGUAAGGCUGGAAAAUAAGACUCGACGCUGUUGGAUCAAAGGGGAAAUGUAUAACAGAUGACUGGGCCCGCUCCCUCCCUUUCUCUUUCUCGGUCACACGUUAAAUCAAUCUCUACGCUGAAAGCGGUCCAACAGGGGACUACCGCUGGAACAGAAUAGAUCUGAUUUGAAAAGUGAUUUUGACCGUGAGGGAUGGGGCGACGCUGGUGUGCUCUCCAGACCUUUGCAGCUGUCGUUCCAAGCGAGAGAAGUGCUGCAACGUCGCACCUCCGCAGAUUGCCAACGAAAUCUGUCAGGACUACAAAGGAAAACAACCUGGAUGGACGCGACCAAAAUACCAGAGCUUCAUCAUAACGGCUUUGUUUGAAUGCAGACACGGAUAAAGUCAGUACACCCGUCACAUACCGUUGCUGAUAGAAGUACGGGCAUGAUUACACGAUUUGAGUGGCAUGUAAAACCCCUCCGCGCGAUUUUAUAUCGAAGGAAAUCUUUCCGCUGAUGAUAUUUAUCGCUGUCAAUACAACUAUUCCGCGGCGUGAAGAAUAUUGAUGAACAUUGUAAGACAGCCUUUCUGCACGCCCCGAGAGACUAGCCUAUGAUCUCAGAGCACAGAGGACUGUUUGUGAGGGUAGCUACAAUUACAUUCACUUUACGUAAGGAAAAGAAAUCCGGGCAAGUACAUCACCCCCAUUCAAGGCCGCAGGAGGGGAGAGAUGACCCUGGUCCUGUCCAUGAAUCCCUUCUGCGAGCACGAGGGGGACGCCCCGCUCCCACAGUACCAGCCCAUCUGGGAGUCGGAGCGCUGCAGCAAGAGCUGCGUGUCCAGCCCGUCACCUCCGGAGGGCGCCACCGAGGAGCUGGCUGAGGCAGAGCCCCACUGCAGGAGAGCCCCUGAUCAUGUGACCAUGUCAAGGAUUGCCUACUUUAAACGAAAGUUCGUGGAGGACGAGGAGCCACAUUUAAGCUUCAGGAGCUACUGCCAGAGUGUCGCUCCGGCUCUGGAGGAGCGUGCCCACGUUCUGCGCCUGUCCCUGGAGAAGAUGCGCUUCAUCGACGACCCAGAGGCCUUCCUGCGCCGCUCCGUGCUCAUCAACAACCUCCUGCGCCGCAUCCGCACUGAGAUCCUGCUGCAGAGCGAGUGGUGCCUGCCUCCGGGGCCCGCCCCAGCCGCAGCCGCAGCCGCUGCCUGCAUCCCCCCGCCGACCCCGGCCCAGGUGGGGCCCAACCACCCGAGCCCCCAGUCCUUGCGACCCUGCUUCGCCGCCCCGGGGCCCUACCGCAAGCGCUUUCGGCUGGUGCGGGGCGAGGCGCCCGAGUGCAUCCCGGCCUGCUGCUGCUUCUACGCGGCCGGACGCUACCUCCACUUCCCCUUCUCUGUUUACGAGGGCACCGCCCCUCACCCAUCCUCAUCAUCAUCUUCUUCGUCCUCUUCGUCAUCAUCCUCGUCCUCUCCCACAGCUUUCCCUCAGCUGCUUCAAGCGGACGACGGCGAGGGGGACGCGGAGCCCGACUCUCUCUGCCCAGGGCUGGACCUCACGGAGGCGACCGCUGCCGCCCGGGCGCUGGACUCCAAAGAGCCGCGGGGCAGACUGAGGGAGCGGACGGGAGCCUGGGAAGGCGAACGGGGACACGGCAGAGCGAGCGAGGACAGGCCGCGAGAGAGGGAGAGAGGGAGGGAGCGCGACAGAGAGAGGGAGAGAGAAAGAGAGAGGGGAGGAGCGGAGGUGUCGUCAGGUGUAGCAGGGGGCCACUCUCGCUGGAGCGCGGAUGCCAUGGAGACGGGGUUGCACGGGGCGUUGGCAUGGAGCCAGGCAACACGGAAAUAGCGGUGGAGCCAUCGCCGGGGGAAACAGAGCGGAAAAGGCGAGGCUGCAGCAGCAGGUGUUGGGCAGAGGCUGAAUGUUGUCGCAGAGAUUUGCACCAAGCAUCAGGGGACACGUUUGGACGGGGCCCGUUCUGCUCAUCUGAUGAGCAGGGCGACUGACCAUUAAAUUCACUCAGAGCACUCAGUGCCCACUGGUCUAGCCUGAGUAGCAUUGCAGGGGUCCAAACUACAGCUCUGCAGGGCUUGAUCAGGUCUUCUCUGUUUAAAAUACAGUUGCCAUAGUUUAUCUUUUCACAGUUCAUCUGAUUGCAACCCUGGCUUAAAAGUGAGGGACAGAAGAGUUUUAUGUGAGCACAAGGUGCAGUUUUUUUUGGCAGAGUUAAAAAAAAAAAAAGAGUGCAACAGAGAACAAGAGAAG